GAGCGAAGGGGCCGGGUAGAAAUGCCGGGCAGCUCAUCGAGCUGAGAAUGCAGCUGCCCCUGGCGCUGGAGCGGGGUAGAGGGAGGAAGGGGGAGACGCACCCAGCGGCUGGGAUACACCGGGGGAAAGAGAAUGAGGAGAGGAGCGGGCGCCCACGCACACACACACAGGCGGAGAGCAAGGGGACACACGCACACACACACAGUUCUCGAGGCGCGCAGCUGCACCCAGAGUCAGGCACCCCACGCCCAGUGCCCGAGACAAAGAGUGACAGAGCGGGGCACAGACACCGCCCGAGAACCGGGCCCCGGGGCUGAGAUGCACACGGGAGAAAGCGGGGCCGAGGGGAGACAGGCCCCCGCCCACACUGACUGACAGCGGGACGCGGACACACACACACACAGACCGAAAGACACAGACACACUGAGAUUGUGACAGACGCCUCAGGGACUGGCAGCCACACACCGAAAGAGGCUGAUACGCACACCUGGCGCCUGAGCGAGUCACACACACAGGGUGAUCACACACACACACAGUGAUUACACACACACACACACGGCGAUCUCACACACAGACAGGGCCAUCACACACAGAGACAGGGUGAUCACACACACGGCAAUCACAGGGUGAUUUCUCUCUCUCUCUCUCUCACACACACACACACACCCCGUGAUCGCGCACACCCCUCCAGUGACAGGGAGGACGCCAGGCUCCGCUCCGCGCGGAAUCUGAGCUCAGCAGCAGCAAACCCGCCCUGGGUCUGGUCCUUUUCUCUCUCUCUCUCUCUCUUUCCAUCUGGUCAAACGGCACCUACCCAAGCCCUGAAAAAAUGCCUGCCCGUGAAGCGAGGAGAGGGCGCCGGGUCUGUAAAUAAGAAUGGCGGCACCUGACUUGCUGGAUCCCAAAUCUGCUACUCAGAACUCCAAACCACGGCUAUCAUUUUCUACAAAACCCACAGUGCUCUCGUCACGGGAGGAAUGUGAUUCGGCUAUUAAUGUUAUGAAAUGGAAGACGGUCUCAACGAUUUUUCUGGUGGUUGUUGUAUAUUUAAUAAUUGGAGCCACUGUCUUCAAAGCCCUGGAGCAGCCACAUGAAACUUCCCAAAGAGCCACCAUUGUGAUUCAGAAGCAGACGUUUGUAUCUGAGCAUUCCUGUGUGAAUGCAUCGGAGCUCGAUGAACUAAUUCAGCACGUAGUGUCAGCAAUAAAUGCAGGAAUCAUACCUUUAAGAAACACAUCUCAAAUCAGUCACUGGGACUUGGGAAGUUCCUUCUUCUUCGCUGGCACUGUUAUUACCACCAUAGGCUUUGGGAACAUCUCGCCACGUACAGAAGGUGGAAAGAUAUUCUGUAUCAUCUAUGCCUUAUUGGGAAUUCCUCUGUUUGGUUUUCUGUUGGCUGGAGUUGGAGAUCAACUCGGGACCAUAUUUGGAAAAGGAAUUGCCAAAGUAGAAGAUACAUUUGUUAAAUGGAAUGUGAGUCAGACAAAGAUUCGCAUCAUAUCAACAAUAAUAUUCAUAUUGUUUGGCUGUGUGCUGUUUGUUGCUCUUCCUGCUGUAAUAUUCAAGCAUAUAGAAGGCUGGAGCACAUUAGAUGCAAUUUAUUUUGUAGUUAUCACUUUAACUACCAUUGGAUUUGGUGACUAUGUUGCAGGGGGAUCAGACAUUGAAUACCUUGAUUUCUACAAGCCAGUGGUGUGGUUUUGGAUCCUUGUAGGACUUGCUUAUUUUGCUGCUGUCCUGAGCAUGAUUGGAGACUGGUUAAGAGUCAUAUCGAAAAAGACAAAGGAAGAGGUGGGAGAGUUCAGAGCUCACGCUGCCGAAUGGACAGCCAAUGUCACGGCAGAGUUCAAAGAAACCCGCAGGCGUCUAAGUGUGGAGAUUUAUGACAAGUUUCAACGGGCUACCUCCAUCAAAAGGAAGCUCUCUGCAGAGCUCGCUGUCAACCACAGUCAAGAUCUGACCCCUUGCAAGAGAACCCUGUCAGUCAACCACCUCUGCAGCGAGAAGGACAUCUUGCCUGCUCUAACAAAGACAGACAGCAUUUAUAUGAAUGGUUUGACUCCUCACUGUGCAGCGGAAGAUAUUGCUGUGAUUGAAAACAUUAAGUAGUGCUGACUUUGGAUGCCGAUCCUUGGAGAAGCUUUUGGCUUAAACUAGCCAUAUACUUCUUUUUUUUUCCUAUCCAUGAUUGAUGCUAGUAACAUUUUAUACAUGUGCAUGAGUUCAACAGAAACCACCACGAUAGGGAUUCAGUGUCACCAUCAUAUCUCUUCAGACACAAGAUGAAUGGAAUUUCUGUUGUUGAUAGAUGCUGGAGCAAGCAACGUCCAAUGCCUUUUUGUGCUCAGACUGUUGUUCAUUUCUCCUAAUGUGCCAUAUGGCCUAAAUAAUGAAUUAUAUUUGUUUAUGUUAACAAUGUAGCUUUGAGGGAUCAGUCCUUACAUUUUCAGGGUCUACCUUACUGAGCCUAGGAAUGGACCAUUUAUGGACUACAACACAUUUGUAAAUGGCAAGAAAUUCUUAUGCAGCCUUUUACCUAAGAAAUUUUUGUCAGUGCCUUAUCUUUUGAAGAAACAGAACCUCUAUAACUCUUACAUGGUUUGUGUUUGUUUGUUUGUUUUUUUGCAUGAGUAAUGUAUUUCAUUUGAGCUUUCAUCUUGCCUGAAAUGAUGAUGUUUUAAAGGUGUCUUUAGUGAAGAUACCAGCAUUGAGAAUGGAUGCCAAAAAUCAACAGACAUCAAAGUGACACUCCUAAAUCUAGCUUUACAGGCACGGCAGUUACAAGAGUUGCAAAAAUGUCCCCUGAAAAUAUUUAUUUUACUCUCAUCCAGGUGAUGCAAGCUCACACUAUAUUAGAACCAGACCUGUAGAAUUUAUGGAUCCAUUUUGGGUUUUAUUUUUCAAGAAUUGUUUAGCAAUGUUAUCCCAUGUGUCAGAUUACCAAAAAUCUCCAGUUAUGUGUAAUUAAAUUAUUUGCUAGAUCACAAGAGGAAGUAGAAGUUAAUACAAUGUGGAAAUGUUUUUAAUUGGUGCAUUCUAAUAACAUACUCAUUAAAACAUUUCAGAAAAAUACCACAGCAAUUUCUAAUAAUCAUAAAUCUGCUGCCAGAAAGUUACUCGCUGAAAAGAAUUUUAAACUUUUUAUUUAAGCCAAGUCACACCAGGCUCCUACUGGAUCCUAUUGGAGUGCUUUCCUGAAUGUCACACUGUACAUUGGUUGCCUACACCGGAACUAUGACUGAUGUGGGAAUGCAAUUGAAACUGGUAUCACUGUGACUUUCUACAUAUAAAAUACAGACUUCUCUGAAUACAAAUACAGACAUGAAGGAAAGCUGAUAAAUAGCACAAUCUGAAUGCCGAUGAUUGUUCAGAUAGGACAGGCUGAUGAUAUGCAGAUCUGAAGCCAAUCCAUGGGGUUUCUGUAUUGGUUUUAAAGAAAAGCAUUGACUUUAAUUCUAUAUCUGUUGUUUUGUUUAUAGUUGUGUGUGAGACUCGGAAGGAAUGCAGGAUAAAAACAAGGAAUGGAUAAUUUUGUCUUUUUAAAAUUUUUUCAUAUUUUAGUCUAUUGUAAGCUGGCUGUACAUAAAAUGAAUAUAACAAGCCCUAAGGGAAUAAUUUAGGCUCUGUGCAAAUUAAAGAAAAAUUAGACUUUGUUGAUUGGCCAUGAUGAAAAUGACAAAUUUGUAGCAUUUCUGACCAUUAGAUAGCAUACAAAAUAUGAAUGUUAAUGUUCUGGAUGCUUAAUCUUGUUCUCUGAUUAAUCAAUGCUAUCAGUGUAAAUAUCAGUCAAUUAACAUUUACAGAGAGUAAGCUUUUAAAUUAAGGAAAGUUCCAUGAAUUAGUACCAGGCCAUGCUCUUUUAAAAGAAAAAGACCCCUGUCUCUCCCAGCACAGUGUUCUGAAUGUCCACGUGGUGAGAAGCUCUUCUUGCCAUGUAUAAACUGUGAAUUGUAAUGAAAAAUAAAGUUUUUACUUA